AUGUCUGAUUUUAAAGAUAAAAAGGGUUAUAUUUUUACAUUAAAUGUCAAUUAUCGUUCCAAUGAAUUAAUUCAAAGAUGGUCAAAUAAUCAGUUCUAUGACAAAAUGUUAAUACCUUCUGUCAAAACCGAGAAAAUUCAUAUAAAUCAAAUAACAAAAGAUGAUAGUUACCAACUUAUUGAUGACCCUCUUGUUCUUCUAGAUACAGCAAACAUCGAAAAGGAAGAAUUAUUAGAAUUACAACUAAAAUAUCCAUUCUUGUCACCCAUUAGCUUCUUUGAUUCAAAGCCUCAAAUUUCCUCUUCUUAUUAUAAUUUAGGUGAAGCUAUUUGUGCAGCACAUCAGAUAUUAUCACUUAAAAAAGCAGGAUUACAUUCAAGUGAAAUUGGUUGUAUAACUCCAUAUGCUUUGCAAACUGAAAAAAUUAAAAAAUUACUCGCAGCAAAUUCUGAUGAUUCGCUUGAUGUUAGCUCUGUAGAUGCAUUCCAAGGACAGCAACGUGAAGCAAUUGUUAUGUCUUUUGUGAGAAAUAAUAACGUGGAACACAUUGGAUUUUUGAAGAAUUUACGGCGAAUGAAUGUUGCCAUUACUCGAGCAAAACGACAAUUUUUUCUAAUUGCGUCUUCAAAAGUAUUGAAAAAACAUGAAGGUUUUAACGAUCUCUACAAUCUUAUUGUAAAAGAGGGACGUGUGAUUCGGCCAAGAGAUUCAUUGCUCGAUAAUUCCAUUAAUUUAAAAAUUCCAAAAUCAAUUAUGGAAGACAUUAAAGGAAAAACUGUUGAAUCUAAGUCAAACACAAUUAGCAGGUUGAAUGAAAAGAAUAUCAAUCUUAAAUAUUCAUCAAAUACAUCCUCUUUAUUUGACAAAGCUGUUUCUGACUUGAAAAAUUUGUCCAAAGAACCUAAUGAUGAAAUAAAAUUAGAAUUAUAUGGACUUUUUAAACAAGCUUCUGCUGGUGAUGUUAAAGGAGAAAGGCCAGGAAUGCUUGAUUUUGUUGGUAGAGCAAAAUAUGAUUCUUGGAAUAAAAAUAAAGGAUUAUCAAUGGAGGAAGCGAAACUUAAAUAUAUAGAAAUUAUUAAUAAAUUAAUUGAACAAACUGGUAGUGUUGACCAAGCAUCAAAUGUUGAAGAUAUUUUAAUUAAAAAACAAGGAAAAAUAUUUCGAAUUGAAUUUAAUCGACCAAAUAAAUAUAAUGCAAUUACUUGGGAAAUGUAUGAAGCAUUAAUUGAUGCUUUUUCUAAUUCUAAUAAAUGUAAUGAAACAAGUAUAACUGUAUUAACAGGAAUUGGGAACUAUUAUUGUGCUGGAAAUGAUUUAUCUAAUUUUACAAGAAAUGUCAAAACACCAAAUGAUUUUAUAAAAAUGGCUGAUAAAGGAGAGGAUGUUUUGGAACGUUUUGUACGUGCACAUAUUGAACAUGAAAAACCGCUUAUUUCUUUAGUUAAUGGGCCAGCAAUUGGUAUUUCAGUAACUUUAAUGGCUCUCUUUGAUUUAGUUAUUGCUUCUGAUAAAGCUUCUUUUCAUUCGCCAUUUUCCUCUUUGGGUCAAUCUCCUGAAGGAUGUUCUUCUUACACGUUUCCUAUGCUUAUGGGAGCUACGAAGGCUUGUGAAAUGCUUUUAUUUGACAAAAAAUUAACGGCUGCUGAAGCUUAUGAACGAAAUUUAGUCACACGUAUUAUACCUCAUAAUAGUUUCUAUGAAGAAACUGAACGUUUGGUUUCUCGUCUUUCUGAAUUGCCGCCAGAAUCAUUAAAAGUAAAUAAACAACUACUUCGAAAUGUACAUAAAGAUGCUUUGCUACGUGUUUGUAAACAUGAAUGUGCAGUUCUUAAACAAAGAUGGUUAAGUGUAGAGUGCCAACAAGCUUUGCAAAAAUUUGCCAGUCGAAAAACUUGA